AUGCCGCACGAGAAGCCCAUCAAUCAUGGUCCUCCACCGGGCGACGAUACGGGUGAAACGAACACGGCGUGGACGGGGGAGAAGAGGCGGCGCAGCUACCUACCCCAAUCACCAUCAUCUUCCGACGCUCCUACUGCCACCGCCCAGGAUCCGAUCUCUCAUACGCUUUCUGGGGCCGGCGAGGCUGCCAUGGAUCACCAGGGCCCCGUUUCAGACAUGGCCACAGCCCGGGAGCAAGAUCACGCGCUGCUUCCUCCAAGAACGGACUCGGUAGAGGAUGAAGAAGAAACCCAGGAGCUUUUCGGGCCGCAAGUAAUGCUCAGCGAGGAAGACCAGGCCAACGAUGCUAAAAAAUUGCCUCUCGGUGGUGUUCCUCUCGGCAGAAUGACGCCGCAGAUGAGUUGGACGGAAAGGCUCAAGGUAUGGGCGAGCCAUGCACGCUGUCGUGUCGCUUAUUACAAGAUUGUGAAGCCAGAGUCUGGAUGCGAGCUCAAGGAUCCGCAUGAGUACACAGUGGAUGAACUUCGCAAGGAGAGGUACUUUAAAUAUUUAGAGGAUGAUGUAGCUUUUGAGUGGUUCUUCAAUACCGAUGAUAUCUGGAACCCUCAUUUGGAUGACUACCAAAAGAUGUGCCUUAAAGAUCUCAUGCCUGGUAGGAUUGAAUCAGAGUACCUCAAUGCCGAUGAGUACCAUGAUCGUUAUCAUACGUAUGAAAUGGAUACUGUUUAUGUCAAGUACUAUGGAGAAAUAUCAAAGAAAAUCAAGUGGAUUGAAAAUUUUGUACAUCUGGAUGAAAGGUCUGUGGAGUGGAGCGUUAUGGAUACUACAGGAUGGAGGCAAGCAUUGAGAAUUGCAACAAAUUUUCCCCAUAUGACUCUUCGUUUAGCUUCUUUUGCAUAUCGUGAGUACAUUUCUGAGCUGCGGAAGGAUGCGGCGCUCAAGGACCUAGAUCUUGUGUAUUUUGAGAUCUGGAGACUUGUUGUUAAGGAUAAUAAAAGUUACAUGGAUGCCGUGAAGUUGGUACAUGAAAUGGAGAAGUUCCAUAUGCACAAACAUACAAUGGAGGCUGAACUGACGGGGGCUCCUGUCUUUGUGACACUGAAACACAUGGCACUACAGGAAUGGUGA